GACGCUUGUGGGUGGCACAGUAGCGUCGUGAGGCACGUCGUACAGUGAUCGCGACGUCUUGCCGGCAUGAAGUUCAAGCAAGUGUUGGACGUUAACAAAGUAAUAGCGCACCUAUUGCAGGUCGGGAAGAAAAAAACGGAAAAACAGAUGACGCUGUCAGAGUGGCAGGUCCGCCAGCUGUGUCUGACUACGAGGCAGAUCUUCAUGGAACAGCCGAUGCUCCUGGAGCUGGAGUCCCCAGUCAACAUUGUGGGAGACAUCCACGGGCAAUUCGACGACCUUCUGAGGCACUUCGACAAGCUAGGCUACCCUCCACAAGCCAACUACCUCUUUCUUGGAGAUUACGUGGACAGGGGCAAGAACUCACUGGAAACCAUAUGUCUUCUGUUAGCUUACAAGAUCAAAUUCCCAAAUAAUUUCUUCCUCCUCAGAGGAAACCAUGAAUGUGCCAGUAUUAACAGGAUUUACGGGUUUUAUGACGAAUGCAAGAGGAGGUACACAGUGAAACUGUGGAAAACCUUCACUGACCUCUUCAAUUGUCUUCCAGUCGCGGCAUUAAUAGAGAACACGAUUUUCUGCAUGCACGGUGGCCUGUCUCCCCAGCUCGUCGAUCUUAACCAGAUAAGGACGAUACCUCGACCUCUAGACGUACCCGACAGCGGCCUUGUGUGUGAUCUGCUCUGGGGAGAUCCGGAUGAGGGAGUGAUGGGGUGGGGACAGAACGACCGAGGAGUCAGCUACGUAUUCGGAGGUGACGUUGUGCGCAGCUUCCUGCGGAAACACAAUUGUUCGCUGAUAGUUCGAGCCCACCAGGUGGUCGAGGACGGCUACCAGUUCUUCUCCAGGAGAAACCUGCUCACGCUCUUCUCAGCGCCCAACUACUGCGGGGAGUUCGAUAACGCCGGCGCCGUCAUGAGCGUCUCGGAGGACCUCACGUGCGGCUUCAGCAUCCUCCCGCCGGAAAAGAAAAAACCUAUAAAGUAUAAAUGAAAUCAGGUGGCAGUUGGAUAGAGAACAUUUGGGAAGUCCAUCUUCAUCUACCUCCUAGCAAGAUGAGAAACUAAACGAUACAUCAAAGUGUACAUAUAGUGUUUUAUAAAUUCUAAAAAUAAACAGAAACUGGAACGUUUCUGGCCAGGUGCUUUGUACAGCCGUAACAAUGUUAUCAUUGUACUUCUUAAACGUUUAUUUUACAAAAACCGACAAUGCUUAUAUACGCUUUUUGAGGAUUUACCUUUUUUUGAGAACAUUCCCUCUUGCUACAAAGUUAUAUUUUACUAAAACGAUAGAUUAAAACCGUCUUUCGAAUGUACAAUUUUGUGAGCAUAUUUGUAAACAGUUGAUAUAAUUUGUACAAAAUAAAUUAUUUACGCGUUACA